CUCUGUACUGUGAACAUCAAGAUAGAACAAUACUUUUCAUUUUAAAACUUUGAAAUCAGGUUUUAACACAUGCUUUGAAAAAAAAAAUCUGAUUUUUAAAAUAUACGUCUUCCUGUUAUUCAGUCUAGAAAUGUAAACAAUUAACAGUAGCUUCACUUUGCUUCAGUCUUUAAGUUUUUAGUUUUUCAGCGUCAGUGUCAGACUUGCUCUUGCAGCAGUUCCUCGGGCAAAACAAACAUUUCUGUCAUAUACAAAUACCAGAUUUUAUCAGAUUGUGCAUUAUGUUGUGCAUAUGGAAAUUAUGUGUCCCUGUUGUUUUCAGAGCAGCCAGAUUUGUGGCAAAGAAGUCAGGAGGAAGACACUGACCCCGUUCCAAGAAUGAGUGCAGAAUGGGAAGGACCGUUGUGCCAAAGCUGAGCAGGAUUAGUUUGCCAAAAUCUGAAGUCAUGGACAACUUGGAGAAACAGCUGAUUUGUCCCAUAUGCCUGGAAAUGUUUACAAAACCUGUGGUCAUCCUGCCAUGCCAGCACAACCUCUGUAGAAAAUGUGCCAAUGAUGUUUUCCAGGCUUCAAACCCGUACCUCCCGACGAGAAGCGGCUCGCUCACGUCCGGCGGCCGCUUCAGAUGCCCGUCCUGCAGACACGAGGUGGUUCUGGACAGGCACGGCGUCUACGGCCUGCAGAGGAACCUGCUGGUGGAGAACAUCAUUGACAUGUUCAAGCAGGAGUCCAGCAGCAGCAAGCCGGCGCCGGCGAGCAAGGAAGAGACGCCCAUGUGCGACGUCCACGAGGACGAGAAGAUCAACAUCUUCUGCGUGACCCACGGCGUGCCCACGUGCUCCAUGUGCAAGGUUUUCGGGGCCCACAAAGACUGCGAGGUGGCGCCGAUCACCAGCAUCUACCAGACGAAGAAGACAGAGCUGAGUGACGGGAUUGCCAUGAUGGUCGGCCACAACGACAGGAUGCAAGGCAUCAUUAGUCAGCUGGAGGAAGCCUGUCGUGCCAUAGAGGAAAAUGGCCGCAGGCAGAAAACGCUGGUGUGUGAAAAGUUUGACCACCUGUACUCCAUCCUGGAGGAGAAGAAGAGGGAGAUGAGUCAGAAGGUGACGGCCGAACAGGAGGAAAAGGUGAACUACAUCCGGGGCCUGACCAGGAAGUACGGCGAUCACCUGGAGGAGAGCUGUAAGGUUGUGGAGAUGGGCAUCCAGACGAUGGAGGAAUCUGAAAUGGCGUUGUUUCUGCAGAACACAAAGGCUCUGCUUAAACAGAUCGCAGACGCAUCCAGCACGGCGCACUUGGACAAAGUGGAGCGCGGCUACGAGAGCAUGGAUCACUACACUGUGGAGUUUAAGAAAGAGAGCAAGGCCCUGCGCGGCCUCGACUUCCUGCAAGGCGACGAAGACGAAGACGAGGAGGACGAGGACGCGGAGGCGGGCGCCGGGGAGGGAGAGGGGGCUCAGACCGCGGCUUCAGCCGCCUCCGCUCAGCCGCCGGUCGCCUCCCCCUCCCCCGGCGUAGCCAGGAGCGCCGCCUCCACCUAGCCACCGUCGGCCCGCGGCCCAGGCAACGCCCAAAACCGGGAGCACGAUAAUUGUAGCUCCGAGAUGUUGAUUUCAGGUCAGUUGUGAUACGUUUUCUCACAGAUCGGGGAGCUGUGAGACGAAUUUAGAUCUGUGCCAAAGGGAAACCCUGAGCUGGGAGGCAGAUCUGAAGGAAGAGGCAAAAGUUUCAGUUUUCUGUCUCUCAUUUGUUGUCAUCGUGCGUCACCGCUUACCGACACAUCCCGCUUCUCUUUCCUCUUAAUAAACAAGCGUUUGGGGUCUUCUUUUACUUCUGAAAUUUAUUGACCAACCAACAAUGAGAACCUGUGGGUUCUUUCCAGAUAAAUUCAUGCAUUUUUUUUUAUGAAGCUGACCUUUUGCAACUCACCGCUUAGAGAUCAUUAGAGUGCAUGACAGGAGGGCCUCUGGUCUUUCUCCCUGUUAUGUACUUUUUUUUUAUUUAAGACUGAUCUAACUUUAUAGGUCCAGCAUCAGUGUAAAAAACUACCGCCUGGCAUUUCAGUAUUUCCUACAACCAACUGCUUAUAUUUUGUUUCCUGUCCGUUGUUGUACAGCUGAUAUAUUUUCCUAUUACAGGAUUUAUUGUAUAUGUGACACAUU